AGCCUCCGCCGCCUCCGCCGCCGCCACAGACAGCUUCAGAAACGGGUGGCGCCUCCGCAGCGGCGAGUUUGCUCAGCUCUGCCACCGUUGCGGUUCUGCAUACGAAAAGGGUAUUUUCUGUGAGGUGUUUCAUUCAAACGAUGGAGGCUGGAGGGACUGUGAAGCUUGUGGGAAGCUGGUCCAUUGUGGAUGCAUUGUAUCAUUCAAUACAUAUUUGCCUGUGGAUUUUGGUGGAAUCAUGUGCAUUGACUGCUCAAGGAUUAGCCUUAUCCUGGCAAGAAACGAUGGCUCGUUUCACGAAAGAUCGGUACUGCUUGAUGAUACUCAACGGGAUCCUGCCACGAAGAACAGAAGAGAUUUACAAUAUCUCCCUCAUGUCUCCGCUUUAUCAGAGCUACAUCAGACUUGCAUAAAAUAUCCUUAUCGUUACAUUUUUUUCAUAUGACAUUAGUCCACAUUCAAAAGGAUGGACUCUACUUUGUCUCCAUUUUGUGAUCCGUUUGGAAGCCAAGUCUUGAAUAAGUAGAGAGCGGGAUCCUAGUAUAAAGUCCAUCCUUUUUAGUUCUAUGUAAUCAUCAAAUGUUAUAAGUUGUCCUUAACUAAAUCUUAACCCCGGCCCCGUUGCCCCUCCCGUAUACGAGAAGAAGUUGUCGGACAAUGACCUGAAAUUAUCGCGCCUUGUCUUACCCAAUAAGUGUGCAGAGGCAUUAUUUCCAGAGCUUCAGGGGCAACAUUUGAUGCCAAUUAGUGUUCUAGACACAGACGGCAAACCAUGGGAAUUUUUAUUCUCUUGUUGUUCUAAACCUACAAAUACGAUGUAUGUUCUUGACGGGCUCAGAGAUUACGUUAUUGCCCAGAAAUGGCAAGCAGGCGAUACUGUAACAUUUUGCAAAACAAAACCAGGAGGGAAGGUGAUGAUGGGAUUGCGUAAAACUUCAGCUGCGUCCUCAACAUGAGUUCGGUCUCUGCAGAUUUUUGCCCAAAGUUUUCGCCAUUCCCAUGGGCGUUGAGGAGUUUGAUCCACUUGAUGGUCUGGAACAUCAAUGUAUGCAGUAUAUAGUUAGUCACAGUUUUCAUCGUCUCAUGGCUAUGUACUCUAAUAUAAAAGAUGUGUUUGG